AUGUGUGCAGGCUCAGCGCCAAAGGAGCUGUCGUUGGCCCAGAAGAAGGUGGUGGUGAGCCAUCUGCUGGCCAAGUACGGCGAUCGCCUGUCGCCCGCGGCCACGUCCCAGCUCCUCGCCGCCGUGCAGCUCGCCCGGCCUGCCGCCACCGACCCUGACCUGGUCAAAAACCGCCUCGUCCACUCCUGGGCCACCAACAAUGUGACGUGUAAGCGGGUGAAGACGUGCAUGAGCCUGGCGCCGGAGGUGUGUGCGGAGGUGUGCCAGGACGGCAGCAUCCAGCCCGACCCGUGGACGUCCUACGCGCUCCAGACCCAGCGCGAGAUCCAAUACGACACGCCCCUCAACUACGUCUCCCUGCCCGGCACCCACAACUCGGCCAUCACCCUGGCGUAUGGGUACGGUCUGUCGGAGGGCAUGGCAAACGCCCUCACGCACCUCAUCAGCGAGGACUGGCAGGUCUACAUCGCCAACCAGCAGCUCGGCCUCUGGGACCAGUUCAAGCUCGGCGUUCGCCACUUUGAGCUUGAUGUCCAUUGGUGGAGUGACGCGAUUCGCAUCUGCCACGCGGGCGGGAUCCACCUCCAAAGCCUCAACGACUUCAUCAAGUUCCUUGGGACCGAGUUCGGCAUCCACAUCGACUGGGACUCUGAAACCAUCGGCUGCUUCAGUCCCUAUGACCGCACGCUCAACGACACGUUUGUCGAGAUCAGGCAGUUUGUCUUCGCCCCCGGCAACGAGCGCGAGUUUGUCAUUUUCUACUUUGACGACGAAGAAGACCUGCUGAGCUGGUCGAAGGUGAACUUGAUCCUGCAGGGCAUCGAGUACCACUUUGGGAGCUACGUGUUCACUCCGGUCGACAAGCAGAGGCUCUUCCCGCGCUCGUGGCCCUCCUUCCGCCAGCUCAAGGCCGCCGGCAAGAGGCUGAUGUUUGUCAGCCGUACGGACUAUGGAGAGGUCAUGAACCGGCACCUGUUCGCGCGCGCCAACAUGUGGACCGAAUACGGCCCAUUCCCGUUCAGCGCCUACCCCAACUGCACCGUGCGGCACGCCCCGGUCAACAACGGCAAGAUCGCCAGAGUCUUCGGCGAUUCCCUCGCCUACGGUCCCUUCUGGAAUGGCUACGAUGGCCAGAUGAUGAUGCCCGCCGACCUGCUCGAGGAGGCCCAGUGCAACGUCAAUUUUGCCUGCGUCGAUCAGCUGAGUCCGAUCCUCGCCGAGGGCUUCGUGUGGAGCUGGGACAAGGAUCAACCCAAGCUGCGCGGCGGCUGUGCGGCCAUGCAGCCCAACGGCAGGUGGGCCGCCCUCGAUUGCAACGCGACCACGCUGCGCUCGGCCUGCAGGAACCCAACCACCGGCGCUUUCGUGCUCAGCGCCAACGCGACGUCUUGGAGGUCUGCCCAGGCGUCGUGUCCCACGGGCUUCGACUUUGCGGUGCCGCUCAACGGCUACGCGAACUCGCAGCUCGCCGCCGUGCUUCGAGCCAGCAGCACGCCGUCCUCCUCUGUCUGGCUCAACCGCGUCGCUUGA